AUGUCAACCAUCGAAAGUUAUUUUACCAAAAAAAACUCGACCAAAUUUAAUAUUAAAAAUGCUUCACACGAAGAAUUGGAUGAUGAGUUAUAUAUACUCUUUAUAUCUAAUAGGCGAGAACCAGGAGACGGGGGAGUAGAUUAUUUUGGUGGCUUUAGGAAAUUCACGAUCCUGGUUAAGAAUUAUGGAAGACCUGGGUCGAUUGGGCCGAAAUUUGUACGCGAGCUCGAAGGUGUUAUGUCUAGGUAUCAUAGCACCUAA